AUGUCUUCGGUCGGUUCUUCUUUGAAUUCAAGCAAUCGACAAACCAACGAAAGAGGAAUUCCGACAAGAUGCAAUUGCGGCAAGGCAGUGGAUCGUUUCACUUCAAACACUGUCAAAAAUCCGGGAAGAUUGUUCCAUUGUUGUCCGAUGGGAUCUGAGAAGGACAAAACACACUUGUUCAAAUGGACUGAUAUAUCAGUUGUUGAAGAAAUUGAAGAUUUUCGGGAUCUGUUUGACGUGCUGCUCGUGGACAAUUCCGAGUUUCAUAAAUCAAUGACAGCUUCUGAGACCAUCCUGAAACGCCAUACGAGUAGAGUUGAAGAAAUGGAAGAAGCAAUUGCUCGUUGUGAAGAAAAUUCCAUGGAGUGCAUUAGAGAGUUAAGGGUCAUCAAAGCUGUGUUUGUGUGUUGUUUUGUUAUGGUCUUCAUGUACCUUACAUUUGCAUGA